AUGGCUUCUCUGUUUCGUUUGGGCCAACUACUAAGAGGUAGUGCCGGCACAUAUACAAUCCAAAAGCAACUACACGAAUCCAUUUGGCUGGCAAAGAGCCACAGUGAGCAAACCGUCGUUAUCAAAAGCGUUCGGCACUUUCGUCUCGACAAUGAGCGGGCAGUUCUCAAACGCUUUCAAGCCAGGACAUCCUCUCUCCGGCCUCUGAUCGACGAGAUACAUGACCCUGCCGAUACUCCAGCACUCGUACUGAGACAUCUCGAUGACGACCUCCGGAGAGCAUCUGCAUCCCAACGGCUCACUAAGUCCGAAAUCAAAUACGUCGCCAAAAGUGUCCUCGAGGCCCUAAAGUUGCUGCACGAGGAGCAUUACGUACACACAGAUGUCAAGUUAGAUAAUGUCUUGGUCAACUACGGAAAGGGAGAACAUCGUUUCACCGACGUCCAGUUGAGUGAUUUGGGAAACACUGUUCCUGACAAUUCUCCUUGGGCAAGAGAUUGUGACAUGAUCGGGGCACCAAUCUGGCGAAGCCCUGAAGCAAUGCUCCAAAUCGGUUGGGGAACUCCAACUGACAUUUGGUCCUUUGGUGCUAUGCUCAUUGCGCUGAUCUAUGGCGAUGACUGGUUUAUAUUUAAACCAGAUGUGCCUGCUGACCAUGAGGAGUACGAAUUGAGGAUUCUCAUGAGGCAGCAUCAAUUUUUUGGACCAUUUCCAGCGUCUCAUGGAGAAAUAGCGAACGAUGAUGUUUUAGCCAUCCUGGAUUAUGUCAUGGACAGCGUACCACCCGAGAAGAUGAAGCCUUUUGGACGUAUUGCCGAGCGAGAGGUGUCCAAGGAAGACAAGACCUUUUUACUCAAGAUAAUGAAGCUUGAUCCGAGAGAUAGGCCUACGGCGAAGCAGCUUGCGGAGGAUGAGUGGUUUAAGGGUAGUUGA